GCGUCGUGAUGAUACGGGCAGUCUUUACCUGAAAACAAAACUCAAAACUACGACUCCCAGCAUUCAACAGGAUACUUUCAAAUAAGUUUUUAAGGAUUGCUUUUCAAAGGCACCAUGGAACUGGUAGUCCUCACCCACUUAGAAGAAAGCGGACUUCUAUAGGCAGGAAAGGAUGGAAGAAGUGUAUGAUGAUGUAGGAAUUGAAGAAGAAAUAGAACUUGAGUUGGGGAAAACUAACUAUUCUUCAUCUGAAGCAGAUGAUUGUGAUACUGAUUUAUCAGCAGAAAGUUCAAGUGAUAGUGAAACAAUUCCAGAAGAAUUACCAGAAUCUGUUCUCCAGUAUUUAGAUUUUGUGAGAAGCAGAAGUCAAAAUGCAGAAAAGCUUCUAUUGCAAGAUUUGGAAAAUGAUGAAUUCUCAAGUGAUGUCUAUUAUAUUGUUCCUAACAACGGUUCGGAAUAUUUAGCUGAAUUAGCUUCUCAAUAUAAUGAAGAUCCAGAAGAACUGAAAAAAAGGGUAUUGUCUGAAAUAGAAGAUGAGGAGCAGAUGAGCGAGUUAUCAGAAAGUACUACUGAGUUAAAAACUGAUCAGGAUAUUUCUUCUAAAAAUAUAGCUGAUGGCUAUUCUUUAACAGAUGCCAAUGACAUACCUAUCAACUUUAGUUUCCAAGAAGUUGAAGAAAGGUGCAAGCAGGAGUAUCAGUAUUGGUUGGAAGAGCAAAAAGUACUAUUGAAAGAAAAAAUGAAUCAAUUGAAAGCUAAGAAGGACAUGGAAAUCUCUCAAAAUGAAGAAGAGGAGAAAAGACGACAACUACGUCAAGAAGAACUUGAAAAUGAACGGCUGAACUUAGAAAUGUUUAAUGCGAAACAACAGACUGUGAUGGAAGAGGAAGUGCUGAAGGAAGAGCAGACUUGGAAAGAACAACUGAAAGAACAUGAGGAAUUCAUUAUGAAAUUACACACACAAAUAGAAGAAGAAAAAAAAGCCUUUGAAGAACAGAAAGCAAAAGAAAGACAACAAUUGGUGGAACAGCAGAAUAAUGCAGCUAUAAAAAUUCAGACAACAUUUAGAGCUUUUGUGGUGAACAAAAGAUUUGGUCCUGUCUUGAAAAAAAAGAGAGAAGAACGAGAAAAGAAAAGAGAAAUGAAAGAAAUAAUGGAAAAGGAAAUGAAAGAAAAGGAGGAAAGAUGGAAAAGGAGGGCUUUAGAAAAAAUGAAAGAAAAGAAGGAAGAAAAAAAGAGGAGAGAGGAGAAAGAGAAGAAAGAAAAUGAGGAGAAGAUGAGAAGACAUGAAGAAUAUGAAAAAAAGAAAGAAAUUGUGCGACUUCAGCGAGAUUUAAUUAUUGGAGAAUUGAAAAAUGAAGAAAAAAACAAAGUAGAAUUUAUGACAACAAAGAAUACUGAAUCUCUAGAUAUAACUGAAGAUACAGAACAAACAACUAAGAAAGAGCAAGAAAUAGAAAAGGAAGUUGAGAACACAAGUGAAAGAAUCCAGAAAGGAGAUGAACUUGAAAAUGCAGCUAACAAAAUAGAACCAGAAGAGGAAAGUAAAACUUUUGAAAAUGUAAAUGUCAAAAAGGAAAGGAGAGCUGCAAUAAUACUAGAACCAUCAAGUAUAAAUAAAGCUUUAGACAUAACAAAUAAAGAAAAAGAAACUAAAAAGUUAAAAGAACAAGAAGAUAAUAGUGACCCAAAAAUUCUAAUUAUGGAAAAGAAAUAUUUAAAACAAACACCAGACCAAAACGAACAAAAUGAACAAGAAAUGCAUGAACUAAAGAAUGAUAAAUUAUGGAAUGAUAUUGAGAGAAGUAAAGAUGAAGAGUUAAAAUCAGGAAGACAAGAACAUAUUGAGAUAAAUAAUGAAGAAUCAAUGGAGAAUAAUGUAAAAAAAUCUUUAGAAACUGCAGAAUGUCAGCAAGAUAGCAAUACAAAUGUUCUUAGUUUUGAAACCAGUGCAAUAGUUACCGGUAAUCAAGAAAGUAUCAUUCACUACCUUCAUGUUCAGUUAGAUUCUGGGGACACUGGAAAAAUAGCCAGAUCUUCUGCUUCGGAAAAUAGUAAAAUAGAUUUUGCUCCAAAAGAAAUUCAUGAGGAGAUUAAUAAUCAAUGGGCCAAAGGUGAUAACUCGAAGAAUUUAUUUGAACAACCACUUGUAUCUGAUUUUGUUGAAGCUAAAAGACUAGCUUGGAUGAAAACAUAUAAAUCUUGGUCCAGAGUUUAUCAGGAACACCAGGCAAAGAAAAUGGUUGAAAGAAGCAAACCACGGAAAUGCUCAUUUGACCAGAUGCCUCCAUUGAGUGCUACUAUGAUAAUUCAGGCAGGCCCUUGGAGUUCUCUACAACAGGUGACCACGGUUAACUUUCAAGAUUUGCCUGGUUGCAGCCUGUCCACUUUAUCACAAUGUGCAAGGCUUCAGUUCUUGAGCCUUAAACGCUGUGGAUUACUUGCCUUGGAAGGACUCAGCAACUGCAAGGAUUUGAAAUACAUAGAUGUAGAGGAGAACAACAUUCAGAUGAUUAAUUGUGAGAAUCUAGAAAAUCUCUGCAUUCUAAUUCUGAACAAAAAUAAUAUUUCAUCACUUCAUGGUUUAUAUGGCUGCAGUAAUCUCUUGAAUCUUGAACUUUCCUAUAAUAAAAUAACUCGCAUUGGAGGCUUGGAGACGUUGAAAAAACUCCAGCGACUGGCUGUGGAUCACAAUCAAUUGAUCAGUACAAAAGGGCUCUCUGCUACUCCAACUCUGCUAUACCUAGAUUGCUCCUUUAAUCAUCUCACUCAUAUUGAAGGCAUUGAAAACUGUGGUCUUCUCCAGAUUCUGAAGUUACAAGGAAAUAAUCUCAAUGAGUUCCCCAAGUUGGAAAAUCAUGUUUUGCUAAGAGAAUUAUACUUGGAAGACAAUAACAUAUCCAGAUUGGGAAAACUUACUGACUACUGGCUGCCUUUGCUACAGAUACUUUUCAUCUCACAAAACAGUUUGACACAACUUGUAUCUCUUUGUUCGUAUGUGUCAUUGGAAAAACUAAAUAUAAGCAACAACUGCUUACUAGACAUGAAGACUCUCAUUCAAUGCCUUGACAGCUGUGAUAGCCUAAUGGAACUAUCCCUACUUGGAAAUCCUCUUCUUCAAGAAGACAGCUGGAGAUGCUCCUUACUCAAAUAUUUGCCCACUUUGAAAAUACUUAAUGAUGAAAAUGUAAGUUGUGGUGCAGAAAAGGUUUAUGAAAAAACCUGGAGGUCAGAAACGUUUGCAGCAUUUUGUCAAGCUCAAAUUCAAGAAAUUAUAUCACUCCACAAAAAAGCCACAACUAGAUUAGAUAAAUUUUCUGAAGACUCUGUACAGCUCCAGUGUUGGUAUCUAAAAAAACUGAUGAAACUUAGUAUUGAACAUCGCUAUGCACAUGAGUAUGGAGUUCUAAACAUUACAAAGACAGAAGAACCAAAAAAACAGGCAGAUCAUUUGACACAAGACUUCACAGAGAAAAAUAACUUCUUUACCUCGAGUGUAAAAGAAAAUAAGCAGGACUUGCUGAAUAUGCCUGAAAGAUGGAUUACUUCUGGCCAUACUCACACUGAGCCUAUUAACUCCUUCAUGACAGUUCCAGAAACAGAUGAAAAUCAAGUAUACAGACAAAAGAAUACUCAAUAUUCUACAAAUGACAGUGAGGAAAGCAAUGCAUUAAUCAGCCCUAAGAGAAACAAAUUCAACAGGCAAAUUACAGCCAUUGAAAGAGGAAAUUACCUUCAACAUUUUGACAAUUCACAAAACUCAGCAGCCAUAAUUAUCCAGUCAUCUUGGCGAGGUUAUAGAAUUCGUAAAGAGAUCAAUUUUUAUACAAGGCUACAUCUAGCAGCAACUGUAAUCCAGUCUGCUUGGCGGAGCUACUACCUCAGAAGAAAGAUUGUCAGCUGUGAAAAAAAAAAUAAUCAUUUUUUGGAUAGGCAUAAAGCUGCUACUAUACUUCAGGCACUUUGGAAAGGGUUUCGUUUGAGAAAGAAACUAGCCAGCGCUUUGGCAGCUGUUAAAACUGACGAAGUUGAGGAUGACUAUAAAGAAAUUAAUGUGGAUGAAUUUGUGUUUAAUGAAGCUGUCAUUGAGAAAGAAUGGCCAACCUUGGAUUCCAACUGCUUCCUUUCACAAACAGUGCUUUGCUCAGACCAGUUGCCCUCGCCAAAGUACAACAAAUCAACAGAAAGUGAGGACAACACAUUUCAUUUAAAAUCACCUUCCCAUAAAAUGCGGCAGCUUAGGAAAAUGACAACAUUAUCAGAAAACAGCGAUAUUAGCAACUGGUCAGGAAGAAACACUGCCUCACAGCUUUCUGAGCCAAAGUCCUGCCAAAAGUUAUCAUUACGAUCUGAAAAGGAGGAAAAAAUUUCAGAAGAAUGGGGUUUUAAAGACAUUUCUACUGCACAGCUGAUGCUAAAAAGAGCACAUAAGAUGAAAGCAAAAAAAUAUAAUGCUAAAAAAGUUGACCCAGCUGUGCGACUGGCGUUGUUCAAAAACAAUGAAAAUAAACAUCCCCCCAUCAAACCACCAAAGAAGCCACAGAUUACAAAAACUGGUUACUUUGAAGGUAAAGGAGAAGAAUUUUCUAACUUAGAUUUUGCAACAGAGAGGAUACAAAGAAGUAAAGAACGUACAUGCCAAUGGCUUUAUACACAAGUUUGGGAUUAUGAAGAAGCUAGUCCCAUAACUGAAAAAUGUAAGCAUUUCUUACCUGAGAUAGAUCCAGAAGUUCUCAAGGGAGGAAGAGUUCAGCUUGUGACAAGCCCUGUAAGGAGAGAAGAUACGGAUUUAGAGCUUGUUUCCCUGACCAGUGGAAGUACUUUGACUCAGAACAGAGAAAAAAAUAAUCAGCCACACAGACACUCUGCAGAAUCUUCAAAAAAGGAUACACCUUCACCUGAGAAAUCACAACUGAGUCCUGCCCAAAAAGAACGGAUAUCAUUUCGAGACCAUCCAGUUCAACUCAGCACUGGAUGGGGAAGUGGCAAAAAGAAAACCAAAUUAUUGAAAUAGUAAUUGACCUACAGCAUUUAAAUCUAAAUGCAAUUUCUUCUCAGUUGGCAUACAAAUUAUCAUCAUGUUUUAAUGUCCUAGAUGCAAAAAAACUUAAAUAUUGUAUGUGCUGUAUUUAAUUUUACUCUCUAUGAUUUUCCAACUUCUCAUUUUUUGGCAAAGAAGUUUUGUAAAUGUUAAAUAAAUAAAUAAAUAAAUGUUACUGAAAUUUAUUUUUGCAAUGCAAUUUAAACUUCAAAACCAUCUGCAAUUAUAAACAAGUAAUACAUGAAUGGAAGAAUAAAUUUGAAAGAAAAUAUACAAUAAUGGGUAUAUGAUUUUUAUUGUAGUGUACAGUUGAAAUGGCUUGCAUAAAAUAUGUGUAUUAAGACAGAUUUGUUCAGAUUAUAUAUUUAAAAAAUAGUUAAAAAUGGUCCCCAAGUCUAGAUAUUUUGCUUGGCUAAUGUGUAAAUUGGAAUAUAUAACUGUUAGGAAUAUGUAUUUAUAAAGAAUAAAAUAUUAAGUGUCAUAUCUCUCCAUACAUAUGAAUACUAUAAAUACAUUUUGUGUACAGACCUUUUCAGAAAGUAUUCAUAGUAUAACAUAUCUAGAUAAGAUUGAAAAAGUGCAUACUUACAGUCCAUUUAAAUUCAGCAAUGUUAAGUUUUAUUUCAUAUUGCUAAAUUAUGUUCAUUCUAUGGUGUUCUGGCAGUCUUUUUAUUCUCCAGAAAUAAACUGUUAUCAAAAACUACACAA